AUUUUGCCAUGUCUAAGACCAAGGAUAAAGAAAAAGAUAGCAAAUGAAUGGCCUAAAAUGAAAAGGAAAUGUUAAAACAAUUUGUAUAAUGCCGUAAUCCUCGAAAGCCAAAGAUUGGAGUUGCCGUUGUGUGGUGUCUCCGCUUUUUCUUUAAACUAAAAGAAGAUUGGCAAUGGCAGCUGUUUGCGGUGGUUUAUUACCAAACACAGUCCCCAUUCACAAACCCCACUGUUUAUAUUCAUUUUCUCCAAUUCGUUCAAAACCCAGCGCGAGAAGGGCACCGUCUGCGGUGAUUCGAGGGGAUUCCAUGGCCGCUGAGAGACUAGAAAUCAAGAUCGAAAAGAACCCUCCCGAAUCCAAGCUCGCCCAACUGGGUGUUCGCAGCUGGCCCAAGUGGGGUUGCCCACCAAGCAAAUUCCCGUGGACAUAUGAUGCCAAAGAGACUUGCUAUCUACUGGAGGGAAAAGUGAAGGUCACUCCUGCUGGGUCGGAGAAGUCUGUGGAGAUUGGUGCUGGUGACUUAGUUGAGUUCCCAAAAGGAAUGAGCUGCACUUGGGAUGUGUCAGUUGCUGUGGACAAGCAUUACAACUUUAAGUAGUACCCUGCUCAAGUGUUUUGCUUCCUUCUGUCAACAGAUGUAUGGAUUUUGCUACCUGUGAGGUUCUAAUACUAGUUGCCAGCAUCUUGGUCAAGUACAUCUGUUGAUCUCUCUCCGUCUGGGUGUGAGAUGUCUUCAUUGUAUGCGCUUCUGUAUGCAGAUGUAGAAAUACUGGUACUCGAAGACUCCUAUAAUAUUAAAUGGCCAUCUGAUAAAUUUUAGAAAA